AUGGAAGAAGAAAACACCUCUCAGAGUGGGAAGAAACCGUACACGUGUUAUGUGUGUGGUAGCUUCAGCCAAACAUCUGGCCUUUCUAAACACAUGCGCAGUCAUGACAGGGAGAAGCGGUGUAAAUGUGGGGACUGUGGGAGGGCAUUUAAUUUCCCCUGUGAGCUGGAAACUCAUCAGUGCCGUCACACUGGGGAGAGGCUGUUCCUGUGCUCCAUGUGUGAGAAGGGCUUCACUCGGUCAGCGCACUUACUGCAACACCAGCGAGUUUGCACUGGGGAGAGGCCGUUCACUUGCUAUGUUUGUGAGAAGGACUUUACUAAUUUGAGACAGAAGCAGGUUCAUACUUCUGAGAGACCUUUUAAAUGUGUAGAAUGUAGGAAGUACUACAAAAGCUCCAGGGAACUGACACACCGUCGAAGUGGUCAUACAGAUGAGAGACCAUUCAAGUGCUCUCACUGUGAGACGAGGUUCAAACAUUCUUCCGAACUCACUCUACAUCAAUGCACGCGCACUGGAGAGAAGCCGUUUACAUGGUUCAUGUGUCAGAAGAAGUUCACUCAAUCAUCUCAUCUUCAGUCACACCAGCAAGUUCACACUGGGGAGAGACCAUAUGCCUGCUCCAAGUGUGAGAAGAAAUUUGCUAAUUCAUCCCAUCUGGUGAGACACCAGCGAUAUCACAAGUAG